AUGAAUAAGCAGCAGCGUAGAAAGGUGAAGAAGACAAUAAUACGUGAGCUCAGUGUGUGAAAACAAACAGAUAAACAACAUUAACGUGAGUUUUUUUAACACUUUUACCGGUUCCAGAGACGCAGCUGGACGUGACGCGUUAAAGGAGGCUCGUUAAUAAUAAUAAUAUUUAGUUUUUACACAGUUUUUUUUAACUUUUUUGGUCUUGUUGACAGAAACAAUGUUGUCAUCGGUGUUUACCUCGGUUUUGACGCCUGCCACGUGCGAAGGCGGCGUUGUGCAUGAAUGAAAUGGGAUUUACCGGCGCGAGGGAAGCGUCGCGGGACCUCACGGUUGGAGAAUCGAUCCUCUUGAACACUUAUAAAUUAUAAUAUUUGAGUUUAUUUCUAACAUGGAGUCUGUCGGGAAGUUUGAGUUCAACAGGAAGGACCUGAUUGGCCACGGUGCCUUCGCGGUCGUCUUCAAAGGCAGACAUAAAGAGAAACGAGACUGGGAGGUUGCUGUGAAGUGCAUCAACAAGAAGAACUUGGCCAAAUCUCAGGCUCUGCUUGGUAAAGAAAUCAAAAUAUUAAAGGAGCUCAAACAUGAGAAUAUUGUUCGCCUGCUUGACUAUCAGGAAAUGGGAGGGUGCGUGUAUCUCGUCAUGGAGUACUGCAAUGGGGGCGACCUGGCAGAGUACCUUCACUCUAAGGGGACGCUGAGCGAGGACACCAUCCGCGUGUUCCUGCAGCAGAUCGCUCAGGCCAUGAAGGUCCUGCAGAGCAAAGGCAUCCUCCACCGAGACCUCAAACCCCAGAACAUCUUGCUCUGCCACCCAGAGGGGCGCAGGUCCAGUCCCAUCAACACCUGCAUCAAGAUCGCUGACUUUGGGUUUGCGCGUCACCUCCAGACGAACACCAUGGCAGCCACGCUGUGUGGCUCUCCCAUGUACAUGGCUCCUGAGGUCAUCAUGUCCCAGCACUAUGAUGCCAAGGCCGAUCUGUGGAGCAUUGGUACCAUUGUGUACCAGAGUCUGACUGGGAAGGCACCUUUUCAUGCCAGCACACCGCAGGAGCUCCGUCUGUUUUAUGAAAGCAACAGGAUCCUUUUACCAAGCAUCCCAAAGGAAACUUCUAGUAAGCUAAGGGACCUCCUGAUGGGGCUGCUGCAGAGAAACCACAAAGAACGGAUCAGCUUUGAUGAGUUCUUCCACCAUCCCUUCUUGGACACAAGCUCAUCUGCAAAGAAAUGCUCUCCAGCUCCUGCGCUCUCCUUCCCCGGUUCAGGCUCUGGCAGUUCCUCUGGCAGCUCCUCCACAUCCCAUCUGGCCUCCCCUCAACAUUCCGACGGAGAGAUGCACCGACUUCAGCCCAAAACGCGCUUUUCCCCAACGCAGGACACUCCGGCCUUCCUGCUGAAAGAAAUAGCCAAUCAGGACAGUAGGAACACCUCAUCUUACACGGAGGACUUCGUAAUGGUGCCUGCCCAGUUUCCCAGUGAGUACACAUGUGAGCUGGAGGUCGGGUCACCCAUUGAGAGUUGCCUGAUAUACAGUGGGAGCUCAAUACUGGCUGAGAGAAGCCCCGGAGCUGCAGGAAAGACACCUCCUCCCUCUCCCCUGCUGCACUCUCCCCUCAAACCUGUUAGCAAGCCUGGUGGAUUCGCUGGCCGUAAGUGCAGUCAAACGGUGCCCAUUCCUGUCCCAACUCAGAUCCGAAACUACCAGCGGAUGGAACAGAACCUGCAACCUGUGGGCUUGCAUGGCUCCACCAGGGUCACACUCUGCUGUGCUGGCAGCAGCAGUGAAAGCUCCCCACAGUGCGGAGGCUGUAGAGCUUCCAGUCCAGGAUUUGUCCUCAACUCCCCAAGGCUGGCAUCAGGAGGAGCCCGACCACAACCGUCUUCCCCGCUAGUGGGAACGACCCCAAAGACCUCCGAGCAGACUCUCCCGCUCAGCACAAGAACUGGACUCCUCGCCGGCUCUCCUGACAUGCAGGACGCCUCCAGUCCUAAGCAGCAGGUUCAAUCAAGAAUGCCAAACCGAAUCAGGACAGUUCCAGACCUGCAAUCCCUGGACCCAUCUCCUGCUUCCCAGACCAACCUCAACAGGAAAUCAGCCAAUAAAAAGGGCCCCUUUGAAAGGUCAGAACGAUCGCUGAGCGCAGGCAGGCUGUCUGACAUGCUACUGAAGGCGGCCUUUGGUGCUCACCUCUUUGAGGAGGAAAGUGACGAGAGCCUUAACUGUGAGAAGAGCAUGGAUAUAACAGCUCCACCUACUGGUUGUCAUAGAGGCUUUCAGUACUCAGACAGUCCACCUCCUGUAAUCUUCACAAUGGGUUCUCCAUCCAAAGGAGACACUCCUCCUGAUUACUUGUUAUCAUGGAGGCUCUCAGGCUCCCCCAGCUACAUUAACUCCGCCUGGCUACUGAACAGUCGCCUUCUCCACGGAGGAAGCCGUAGAAACAGCGAGACUGAAGGCAUGGACGCUACUCCACACAGCAGCCUGGUCUUUCACCCUCCGGAGCUCCCCGAAGAAACGCUGAUGGAGCAGGCUCAUACAGACGCUCUGAGUGACCUGCGUUUCACCCUGGCUUUUGUCCACUGUGUCAUUGAAUUGGCUUCAUCCAAGGACACGGGGCUGGGGGUCGUCAGCAGUCCUGAUGAUUCCUUUCUCGAGCAGAGCUUGGUGACGGAUCAGAUCAGCCUUCUGAGUAAAGAAUGGAGCUAUGCAGAGCAGUUAGUGUUGUACAUGAAGGCUGAAGAGUUUCUGUCAUCGGCGCUGCACACGGCUAAAGAGAACAUCAAACAAGGACAACUCCUUCCCUCUUCUACAGUCAAACAAGUGAUCAGGAAGCUGAAUGAAUUGUAUAAGUGCUGCGUAACGUACUGCCGCUCCCUCAACCAACGGCUGCAGACCUUCUUGCUCGACAAACAGAAGCUCAUGGACCGCUUCAACGGGCUGACGGCAGAGAAGCUCAUCUACAACCACACUGUGCACAUGGUGCAGUCGGCUGCUUUGGAUGAGAUGUUCCACUAUGGCUCAGCGUCAGUCCAGCGCUACCAGAAAGCACUUUUGCUGAUGGAGGGUCUGUCCCGAAUCAUCACAGAGCAGAAGGACGUUGACAGCAUCGAUAAAUGUAAGCAGUGUAUCGAGCGACGCCUUUCAGCUCUGCAGUCUUAACAGUAUCCCUGAGCUCUACAGCUGCAUUACGGUGCCUCAGCCACCUUCCCUCGGCGUCGAUGGAUCCUCUCAGACUCUCAGUACACACAAGCACUUUGAUCUGUCUUAAGGGAAAUGACCACUGGAGCAUCUGCUCUUAUCCCACCACCACCCAGUCUGCAAUCUUUACAUAAAUGCACACUAAAGACUGGAAGUCCUGUUUUUGGACACGUUGUUGCAGACAGAUUCUGUCUCGAUUGAAUAUUUUGAUCAGGUAAAUUGUUGUCAGUAUUUGUUUUGUUACAGACUGUAUAUAUGAGUGUGUUGAUUUCUGUUUUGCACAUAGAAUAAUCAAAAUGAAAUGGUUGACUUGAAGCAAAAAGGUGAUUUGAGUUGUUUUCUGUAUUUGAAUAGUUUGUGUUCAGUGAAGUUCACUGACCAACAGGAGUCAGAAUAUUUUGGAUGAGAUGACCAAAUAUCGCAAGUGUGUAGCAGUGAUAGUAAAACAGAGUAGUGGAUGUAAAGGUAAUAAAAAGUAUGUUUUGACUUCCUUUUGAGAAAAAUGUCUUAUAGACUUUGAUCAUAUACUGCAAUAAGUAUAUUUUGACAUUAAGUACUCAUUAAUGAGGUACUUUAAGAGACAUUAACUGCAUGUUUAUCUGCUGUUUGUGUGCACAUUAGUUUUUUUGUAUUUUUCAAUUGUUUGGAAUUAUGUAAAAAGAUUGUGCUAAUUUGUGAAUGAAUUUUUACAUGUUUUUUUUGCCUGAUAGCAAACUAGUUUAUUACAAUUACAAUAUUCAAAUGUUGUGUAAAUCUUAGUGUGACAACAUACGUUUGUUAGAAUUUAUUAAAUUGCCUUUUCUACUUUGAUCAAUGACAGUCAAACUUGCCAAAAUUAGUUGUAAAACACUGUGUGACGAAAAUAAAUAAUAUUUAUUGUUAAAA